UCGACAAGCACACAAGUACAGCCCCUGGAGUUUUGGUGAAAUCAUGUCGUACACACCCGCAUCUUCCCCUCCGUUCGGAUAUCACGCCGCCUCACCAUCGAGCCAUGCACUGUCCCCACCUGCCAAACGGUCUUCUAGCGGGACCUCCAAACAGGCCGCCAUGAAACGACCUUCCAAACCGUCAUCCGUCAAAGGUAAAGCAGGACAGGGGUUAUCCAGCAAUUAUAGGAAACCGGCGACAUCGAAAUCGGGCUCAAGAGCGCCUUCGUUGAUGUCGGCCAGGUCGAGACCCGGGUCGAUAGCCGAGUCCGAAAACGUAGGCCCGUAUGGGAGGUCAAAGUUGAAAUCCGCUACACCUGGAAUGGGAAGGGCAAGUCGACCAGGAUCUAUACGCCCGACGAGCGAGUUUGGAAAAGACAAUUACGGGGACGAGGAUGACGAGGAUGACGAAGCGGGGAACGAAGAAGAGUUGGCUAGCGACUAUGGGGAUAAUGAAGAGGGCGAAGAAGGAGGAACGGCACCGGGCGAGGAGAAGAAGCUCUUGAGUGCCGAGGAAGAGAGGAUACUGGAAGAGAUGGGUCAGAGGGAGGUAGAUUUGCAGUCAUUGCGAAAGCUCAUGGACAGAGAUCAACAACGCCGGCACGACGAGCUCAAGUCCACGAACUUUACCUUUCAAUCCAUCCAGAAAGUCUAUCGAGAUAGAUACCCCGGAGCGGGACAUAUAGCAAAAAACGUCGCUGCGCUCAUUGGGGUCGUGGCCAAGACGCAUGUGGGGGAGAUCAUCGAGUUGGCCAAGAUGAUCCAGCUCCGCAAGAUGGAACAAGACCCUCGAUAUUCGCUUCCAUCUAACGCACCAGUGAACUCAAAACAAGUCGCUUCCUCGUCUUCCGCACCAGGACCGACAACGAGUAAUAACACGCAAGAUCGACCGAAAUUGAAAGCCUUGACCGCUAACGACCUGAGAGAGGCGUUCGAGGUGUACAUGGGGAACACAAGAGAAGUCAGAGGGACGGUCGGGAGGAGAGUAGGGGAGGAACGGAAGGUGGGGUUGUUUGGAGGGUGGGCGUGAGGCGUGAGGCGGAAUGAAGAAGGAAUCUCGAGACGAUUCAGAUGACGACCUUGAUGACGGAGACUACGAAUUUUGUAAUGACUUUUGGUAGACGAUUGAGCAUGCAUGGCAUAGAUCGCCGGGGCUGCUUUAUAUAGUUCUAUAGUCCCCUGCCUAGUCUAGGGAAUCCGAUUCAUCUGCAAUCGUCCAUGUAUUGCUCCGACUUGAGUGAUAUAGUAAAGGUUCAAGUGGCAAAUCCUGGUGCGCGCGCGCCGUCGUUCAAUCAACAGAUCGCAUUAAAUGUAUUAUGGUAUAAGUUACGGAUCUUACGGAUCAUGUCGCCUAUUGCCUAUUGUCGG